CUACCGCGCCAUGACAAAGAUAGUCCCAUCUCGAGCCUCUAGAAGGAUCUCGCGGCUCACCGUUUUGGUGAUUCGCGUUUUUCACAGCUUUCCUUUAGGGGCUUUUAGGAGCAAAGGCUAGAUGUUCUUAAAUCGUCUCCUAUCGCCGCAUUCCUUGGCUUGAUCUGCUUGACAUUCACUCGCUCUUCUCUCCACCACGCUCGUUUUCUUGGCUCUUUGGGACUGUGCCCUGUUACUUGUCGACUAACAGCUCAACAUGUCUAUCCUCGAGCUCCUCGUGCUUGCCCUCGCCGGUACGGCUGUGGCCUCGCCUCCCCUCGGCAUCCGGGCUGUCUCCCCAGACAACUCAUGCGGAAAGACUGGAAACGGAGGUAGCUCCAAGGCGUACACCUGCCCUAAGAGCUUGCCAUGCUGUUCAGUCAAUGGAUGGUGCGGCUCUACUGAUGCCUACUGCUUGCCCGCCAACGGUUGCCAGACCGGCUUUGGUACGUGUAAGGGAGCGACGAGUAGCAGCAAGGCACCGGCGGCAGCGAGCAGCAGCAUAGCAUCAGCGAGCGCCAGCAAGGCACCAGUCAGCAGCCCCAGCAGCACCGCAGUGGCAGUAAACGUCUCUCCCGACAACUCUUGCGGAAAGACUGGUAACGGUGGCAGCGCAGCGGGAUACUCUUGCCCGACGGAUCUGCCCUGCUGCUCCGUCAACGGCUGGUGCGGUUCGACCAAUGACUAUUGUCUGGCGACCAAUGGCUGCCAGACCGGGUUCGGUACUUGUACAAACGACGGCAGCCCGCCGGCAGGCGGUGGUGAUGGCGGAGACUCCGGUUCAGGGGUCUGCGGCCCCGAUAACGGGAACGCCAAGUGUGCCGCGAACGAGUGCUGCUCUGCUGCAGGAUUCUGCGGAACAACUGCUGAGCACUGCAAGGCUCCCGACUGCUUGUUCCAGUACGGCCCAGCAUGCGAUGCCAACAAGAUUCCUCCUGGUCAGAACACCUCCAGCAUCGCCCGCCCCAAGCUCGGCUCAGUCGAAUACGGCGGUCCCGGUGUAUACAGCUGCGUUAAGCCCGGUGACGUUGCCCUAACUUACGACGACGGCCCGGCCGCGUACACGAACGACCUGUUGGAUCUCUUGAAGAAGUACAAUGCCUCAGCCACUUUCAUGAUCACCGGCAACAACAACGCAAAGGGUGAAAUCGACAACACCACCUUCCCCUGGGCUAACACCAUCAAGCGCAUGUACGCCGAAGGUCACCAGAUUGCCAGCCACACCUGGUCUCACGCUGAUUUGUGCAACAUCACCUCGGCGCAGCGCAAGAAUGAAAUGUACAAGCUGGAAAUGGCUCUCCGUAACAUCAUCGGCGUCUUCCCUACUUACAUGAGACCCCCUUACUCCUCCUGCACCGCCGCCUGCGGCUGCGAAGGCGACAUGAAGGCCCUCGGCUACUCCAUCAUCUACUUCGACCUCGAUACCGCCGACUACCUGCACGACAGCGCCACGGAGAUCCAGCAGUCAAAGGACAUUGUCACCCAGGCCAUCGCCGCCAAGCCUGCCGCCAGCGACAACUUCCUCGUCAUCGGCCACGACAUUCACUACCAGACCGUGUAUAACCUCACCGAGUUCACGCUCCAAAAGUUCAAGGGCAAGAACAUGGUCACCAUUGGCGAGUGCCUCGGCGAUCCCAAGGCCAACUGGUACCGAACGGAUGCGCGCACAACCCUUGGUUGAAAUCUCCAGUUGUGUAGGCAGAUUUUAAGAGAGUAGGAUUUUCAUCCUCAUCAGGAUGGCUGCUCAGAGAUGUUCGAGUUCACCGACUUUUCCUUUGGAAAUCUGUAUGAAAUCGUAAUAUAGUGUAUAUUAUCUAGUGUUACAUAGUUCUUGUCGGAUAAUAAUUUUCUCCACGCAAAGC